AUGACCACCAUAAGUUUCAAUUCAUCAAUAAAACAACUCAAAGACAGAGGAAUUAUAAAUAUAUUUCACCAACCAAAAACUCAUAAAGAGAGGUUUGAAAUUUUAGAAUUUCAUGGUGAUAGUACUUUAUCCUAUUUAAUUUCAACUUAUUUAUUAAAUUAUAAAACUUAUUAUAAUCCACAUUUAUUAACUAAACUAAGAUCAUUGGCAAGUAGUAAUCAAUUAUUAUGUGAUUUUUUUAAUUUAUUUGAAUUGGAAGACUUUUUAUCGGAAGAAGAAUUACCAAGAGAUUGUAAAAAUAUUAAACCAAGAGCAGAUAUAGUUGAAUGUUUAAUCUCGGAAUUAUCACAAUCAAAAGAUAGUGAAGCAGAACUUUUAUUAAAAGGAAUAGUUGGUUUUUUAAUCUCUGCAGGAGAGAAAGAAUUGGAUCGUGAAUUUCCUCAUAUCAUUGAUAAAGGAAUUUUAAAAAAACCAAAACCACCAUCAUCAACUUUAAAUUAUAAAUCAAAUUUUUACAACAGCAAUAAUAAUAGUAAAAAAUCAUUUAAUGAUACUACUACCACUACUAAACAAGUUUAUGGUAGUGGUAAUAGCAGUAGCAGUGCCAACAAUAACAAUAACAUAAAUAUUAAACAACCAAAGGCAAUAGUUUCAUAUGUAGUUGAUAAUAAAUCACCUUCAUCUUCACCAUUACCUUCACCAUUUGUUACUCCCUCUUCAUUGAGUGGUAGUAAUAUUAGUGUAUUGAAAAGUAGUGGUGGUAAUAAUAUUAAUUCAAUAAUGAAAAGAAAUCCAUUUGAAGUCAAUUUAUUAAAACCAAUUGAUAUAUAUAGUAAUGGCUCAAUCAUUAUGGAGAGUAAUAUUUAUAAUUAUAAUAAUAAUAAUAGUAGUAGUAGUAGUUGUAAUAAAAUAGGUAAAUCCAAUUCUUCAUCAACUACCACCACUUCUGUAUUGAAAAGUAAAGAAAUCUUUAUUACUCCAAAUAAUGUUAAUGACAACUAUAGUUUAGAUGUUGAAAAUGAUUUCCCAUUAUCACCAUUCUCUGUUGAAUUAGCUUUAAUUUCAAAUACUUAA